GUUUAACUUCAUUCUCUAUCGACCCAAAUUUUUGCUUAACUCCGCCUUUUGUUAAGACCGAUAUAGAAAGAGUGUUUACUUCUUCACUGAUGCCAGGUGAGACUUCAUGACGUGCAACGUUGAAGCUUAUGAAAGGUCUCAAAAUGCUGUAUGAAUAAGGAGCUGAGAUGGUUGACAGACUGACAUUGGCAAUCGUGGUGCAGAGCCUGGCUCUCCUCUGGAUAGGGCCAGCCUGUGAGGCCUCUUCCCUGGGGCUCACAGUCCAUGCUGUGCCCCUGCAAAGUGAUGGAGGGCAAUCGGUGAGAGCUCAUUUUACUGUAAUUGCAUCCAAUCCAUGCCCCCCAUUAUCUGGCCUGUGUACCGAAGGGGUCAACUGUACACUUCACAAAGCGUACUUCCCCUUCAGUGGCAUAAAACCCGACUCAGGCUGGUGUGUUCGUCAGUGGGAGCAAGUGGUCCCCAGUCACUACAAUAGCACCAUCCGUUUGAACUCCAGAACCACAUUUCACAUAUUAAUGAAGGCGGGGCCACAUGCACGUGCAAACAAUGGGAAAUUCAAUCACCCUGCUUAUGUUGCACUGCCUCCUCCAAUAAGGGCACGUGAGAACUGCCCUCACCGCAUCCAACUGUCAGUGAAAGACCUGGAUGGAGACAAGGUGCGAUGCCGUUUCGCUAUGGAAGAACAAGGGGAGUGUCUCGACUGUACUCCACACUCUUUUAUAGAGUUGCACAAGGAUGCAUGCAUGUUGGCAUUCACUGGAAACGCACCAGUUGGGCAGUAUUCCAUCUACCUGAUGGCAGAGGACUACAUCCCUACCCCCAAAGUGGGCCAAGUCCGUGAGAGCCAACCCAUCAGCUCCGUGCCUGUGCAGCUGUCUCUCUCUGUGGAGCAGUCAUAUUCCAGCUGUACAGAUGAGCCUGUGGCGACAGGAAAGACCCCCAAAGAGCGUACAACAUUUCAUGUCCUGCCAUUCGAGGAGGUGAAAUUUGAGGCUGAAUUCAUUUCCCGAAAAGAGGGUGUUUCAGAAAUAGCAGUUGUCGGCCAACCUGGGCUCAUUAAGUAUGGCUUCGCUUCAACUGGUGCCCUGUCACAACUUUCCAUGUCCUGGGUCCGUGGGGAAAACACUCUCACCCAUCUUUUUCCUAUCUGUUUUGUUGCCAAUUCCAUGAGUUUUCAGUCCGAGCCUCGAUGUGUGUGGCUGUACCAAAGAGAAGUGAGGAUUCUUCCUAAUGGAACAGAAUUGAUUUGUAAUAAGACAGCGAUGACACUGGUCCUUCCUCUUGGCUCACUGAGCAACAUCAACCUGACUGAGCUGCAGCUCAACAGCCCCACAUGUCCUGUGACCUUCAACGACACUCAUCUCACUGCACACGUUGCGUUAGAUGGCUGUGGGACCAAAACUGUGCACGCUGGCAGAGAGCUGGUUUUCACCAACACCUUGAAAAGUGUCCGUCCUUACUCCAUGAUCACACGUCAGCCCUCCCUCAUCCUCCCAUUGGCCUGCCGCAUCCCUGCAGUCCAAGCCAGGGGCCCAAAUUUCAACGUCACUGUGCCCGUAACAGUCUUUUUUAAUUCCGAUGUUUGGCUAGAAUUUCACUUGCCAGGGGAGGGACCGUUUGCAGAAUAUACAUACCAUCCACAAUUCAGACCCCUUGGUCUUAUGCCAGGACCAAUGCGGCGGGAUUCAGCACCAGUGCGUCAUAUCCGUGCUCUCCAAGGGGGGCUGGGGUCCAGGAUCAAAGAGCUGGACCUCCAUUUGCUUUCCAACACCACUCUGAAGCGAGCUGAGCUUAGUGUCAAACGUUGUGUGGAGUCUGCCAGUGAAAACUUUGCUGAAAGCCUCAUCAUUAUGGACAACGGAUGCACAGCUGUCAACACAACAAAAGAGAUUAGAGCAACAAGCAAUGCAAGAAUCUAUCGCCUUGAUGUGACCAACCUGGUAGAAAAUACGAUGUAUGCCGAGUGUGAGGUCGAUUUGUGCAUCCCCUUCCUUCCCUCUCAGACGUGCGCGACUCAGUGCAACAAGGGCUUGGUAAAUAGAGCGGCUACCAUUAUGUUGAGCAAGACCUUCACCGUCAGGUCGGGACCUGUUAGUCUUGUGGCAACCACACCAGUUCCAUCUACAAGUGUCGUCACAGAUGCAGCAGGACAAAAUGAAGGUCCUGCAAUUGCUACUACAGUUGAAGCAGUCACCAUCACCUCAAGUGCUCCAGAACAGACCUCUUUCAUGGCAGUUGGAAUUACUUUUAAUAUGAUCUGUUUUUAUGUCAUUAUUCGCUAAAGUUUUUUCAUCUUUGUUGAAAAAUGAACAUAGUCUCUGUCUGUCAAAAGGAAUGAUGAAUGAUGUUUGAUGUUUGUUUUCAUCCAUGAUAUAUUUGUAUGAGGGGAAGUUUGCAACAUCUCAACUUUUAAUAUUAACUGCAUAUUUCUUCAACAUGUCUUUAUUCGCUAAAGGUCUUUCAUCAUCUUUGUUGAAAAAUGAAUGUAGUCCCUGUCUGUCAAAAGGAAUGAUGUAGUUGUACUGGAGCUGUUUUCGAUUUUGUCAAUAUCAAGAAAUACAUUCUAUUUAGUUACUUUUUUAUGUUUCUAGAAGAGUUUGAUGUUUGUUGACACCCAUGACAUUUGUGUGAGGGGAAGAUUGCAGCAUCUAAAUUUUUCAGAUAUGUAUUUACAAACCACAAUUUCAAUGAAGUUGGGACAUUGUAUAAAACCUAAAUAAAUCAAUACAACGAUUUCCAAAUCAUAUUCAAUUGAAUACACUACAAAGACAAGAUAUUUAAUGUUCAAACUGAUCAACUUGAUUGUUAUUUUGCAAAUAUUCACUCAUUUUGAAUUUGAUGCCUGUAACAUGUUCCAAAAAAGCUGGAACUGGGGUAUGUUUACCAUUGUGUUACAUCACCUUUCCUUCCACCAACACUCAAUAUGCAUUUGGAAACUGAGGAUACACAUUUUCUAAGCUUUGUAGGUGGAAUUCUUUCCCAUUCUUGUUUCAAGUCCAACUUCAGUCGCUCAACUGUCUGGGGUCAACAUUGUCAUAUGUUGUGCUUUAUAAUGCGCCACACAUUGUCACCUGGCAUUGUCUUGCUGAAAUGAGCAGGGCUGUCCCUGAAAAAGACAUUGCUUGCAUGGCAGCCUAUGUUUACCAAAACCUGUAUGUACCUUUCAGCAUUAAUGGUGCCUUCACACAGAUGUACAGGUUACCCAUGUCAUGGCCACUAACAACCCCCCAUACUAUCACAGAUGCUGGCUUUUCAACUUUGCACUGCUAACAAUCUGGAUGGUCCUUUUCCUCUAUGGCAACGACAAGGACACGACGUCCAUGCUUUCCAGAAACCAUUUGAAAUGUUGACUAGUCAGACCACAGCACACUUUUCCACUUUGCGUCAGUCCAUCUCAGAUGAGCUCAGACCCAGAGAAGCUUGCUGCAUUUCUGGGUGUUGUUGAUGUAUGGCUUUCGCUUUGCAUGGUAGAGUUUCAUCUUGCAUUUGUAGAUGUAGCGACAAACUGUGUUCAAUGACAAUGGUUUUCUGAAGUAUUCCUGAGCUCACGUGGCAAUAUCUUUUACACAAUGAUGCCGAUUUUCAAUGCAGUGCCGCCUGAGGGAUUGAAGGUCACGAGAAUUCACUGUUGGUUUUUGGCCUUGCUGCUUUGAUGCAGAGAUUUCUCCAGAUUCUCUGAAUCUUUUGAUAAUAUUAUGGACCAUGAGAAAAUCCCUAAAUUUCUAGCAAUUUUACAUUGAGAAACGUUGUUCUUAAACUGUUGGACUAUUUGCUCACGCAGUUAGUUGUUCACACAGUGGUGAAUCUGAACUGAGCCUUUCGGGAAUGCUCCUUGAAACCCAGUCAUGACACUCACCUGUUUCCAGUUAACCUGUUCACCUGUGGAAUGUUCCAAACAGGUAUUUUUGAGCAUUUCUCAACUUUCCCAGUCUUUUGUUGCCUCUGCCCCAGCUUGUUUGGAACUUGUUACAACCAUCAAAUUCAAAAUGAGAGAAUAUUUGCCAAAAAAAACAAUAACUUUUAUCAGUUUGAACAUUAAAUAUCUUGUCUUUGUAGUGUCUUCAAUUGAAUAUAGGUUGAAAAGGAUUUGCAAACGAUUCUAUUUUUUAUUUACGUUUUACACGUCCCAACUUUAUUGGAAUUGGGCUUUGUAUAUUAAUAAGCGGUGGCCGACUGGUUAGAGCGUCAGCCUCACAGUUCUGAGGACUGGGGUUCAAUCCCCGGCCCCGCCUGUGUGGAGUUUGCAUGUUCUCCCCGUGCCUGCGUGGGUUUUGUCCGGGCACUCCGGUUUCCUCCCACAUCCCAAAAACAUGCAUUAAUUGGAGACUCUAAAUUGCCCGUAGGGAUGACUGUGAGUGCGAAUGGUUGUUUGUUUCUAUGUGCCCUGCGAUUGGCUGGCAACCAGUUCAGGGUGUACCCCGCCUCCUGCCCGAUGACAGCUGGGAUAGGCUCCAGCAUGCCCGCGACCCUAGUGAGGAGAAGCGGCUCAGAAAAUGGAUGGAUGGAUAUUAAUAAGCAAGACAAGAACAAUGCAAUAUGACAAACAAAUCUCAAUGUUAUAUUUGACUCAACUCUCUCCUUCCAAAAGCACAUUAAGAAUAUUAACAAAACAGUUUUUUAUUCGGCCCAUCCUAUCCGCUAAUGAUGCAGAGAUCAUAGUCCAUGCAUUUGAUUACGUCUUGCCUCGAUUAUUGUAACGUGCUGGUCUCUGGUCUUCCCACGUCUUGUAUUAAAAGCCUGCACUUAGUACAACUUG